GUCACCGCCAAGAUGGCGCCGGUGACGGCGGCGGCGGCCGCGGCGGCUGGAGCCGGAGCAGGAGGCGGAGGCUGCCGCGGGCGCGCGGGGCGGGGGAGUCCCGUCUGACGGAGCCGGCAGGCUGGGGCGGAGCGCCGGGCUGGGGAUGAGCUAAGCGGGCUCGGCGGCCUCCAGCCCCUCGUGUCCCGCCGCUGCCGCGCCUUGCGGGGAACCGGGCGCCGCUGUCCAGGUCGGUCCCCGGCUGGCCGCCCGCGGGAGGCGGCGGGGAGCUCUCUCAGACCGAGGCUUGCAGAACUCACAAGUUGAAAUCUGGCAUCACUUCCAGAGAGACCUCCAGGAAUGUAUGCCCCCUUCUGGGAUGGAAGAUGAUCGAGGAUAAGGGGCCGCGUGUUGCUGACUACUUUGUCGUAGCGGGAUUAACGGACGUCUCCAAACCCCUGGAAGAAGAGAUCCACUUCCACGACGCCUGCCACCAAGUAGCCAAGCCCAAGGAGCCCAUCACGGAUGUGUCUGUCAUCAUCAAGUCCCUCGGCGAGGAGGUGCCGCGGGGCUACGCCUGCAUCGACACCACCCCCUCGGGGCUGUCGGCCGACCUCAAUAAUGGUAGCCUGGUGGGGCCUCAGGUCUACCUGUGCUACCGGCGGGGCCGGGACAAGCCCCCCCUCACAGACCUGGGGGUCUUGUAUGACUGGAAAGAGCGAUUGAAACCAGGCUGUGAAGUCAUCCAGACCACGCCCUACGGACACCCCGCGAAUAUCAGCGGCGGCACCUCCUCGCAAAGGGUUUACAUCACCUACCGGAGAGCAUCUGAAAACACGACUCAGAACACGCUGGCCGUCACGGACAUCUGUCUCAUCAUCCCCAGCAAAGGGGAGAGCCCGCCUCACACCUUCUGCAGAGUGGACAAGAACCUCAAUAACAGCAUGUGGGGAUCCGCAGUGUAUCUAUGUUACAAAAAAUCUGUGGCAAAGACUAACACUAUAUCUUACAAAGCUGGUCUGAUUUGCAGAUAUCCUCAAGAAGACUCUGAGUCAUUCUCCCUCCCGGAAUCCGUCCCUCUCUUCUGUUUACCGAUGGGUGCCGCCAUCGAAUGCUGGCCACCAAACAGCAGAUACCCUCUCCCUGUCUUCUCUACGUUUGUGUUAACUGGAGCCUCAGCUGAAAAGGUCUAUGGUGCUGCCAUUCAGUUUUAUGAACCCUACCCCGAGGAGAAUCUCACAGAGAAGCAGAGGCUCCUUUUGGGUCUGCCCUCCCUGGCAGACGGGAAGUCCGACAGUCCCAAGACAACCCACACUAACAAGUGCAUCUGCCUCCUUUCUCACUGGCCUUUUUUUGACGCCUUCAGGAAGUUUCUGACUUUUCUGUAUCGUUAUUCCAUCUCUGGGCCUCACGUCCUUCCAAUCGAGAAGCACAUUUCUCAUUUUAUGCACAAAGUUCCUUUUCCAUCUCCUCAGAGACCACGGAUCUUAGUUCAGUUAUCACCCCACGAUAACCUGAUUCUCAGCCAGCCCGUCUCUUCACCUCUCCCACUAAGCGGUGGCAAGUUUUCAACACUACUUCAGAAUCUGGGUCCUGAGAAUGCUGUGACGCUGCUGGUGUUUGCGGUCACUGAGCACAAGAUCCUCGUCCACUCCCUGCGGCCCUCCGUGCUGACCAGUGUGACGGAAGCCUUGGUGUCUAUGAUCUUCCCCUUCCACUGGCCGUGCCCCUACGUCCCCCUCUGCCCACUGGCGUUGGCAGAUGUCCUGAGUGCUCCGUGCCCGUUCAUCGUGGGGAUUGACUCCAGGUACUUCGAUCUCUAUGACCCUCCGCCAGACGUCAGCUGUGUUGACCUAGAUACCAACACCAUUUCUCAGACUGGUGACAAGAAAAAUGUAGCCUGGAAGAUACUUCCAAAGAAGCCAUGUAAAAAUCUAAUGAACACACUUAAUAAUUUGCACCAGCAAUUGGCAAAAUUGCAGCACAGGCCCAGAGAAGACGGGCUGAUGGACCCAGCUAUGAAUGACUAUGAUUUCAACUCCGGGAAGAAGUUGCACAUGAUAGACUUGGAAAUCCAAGAGGCGUUCCUGGUUUUCAUGGCCUCUAUUCUGAAAGGGUACAGAUCCUACCUGCGGCCAAUCAUGCAGGCACCAUCCGAGACGGCCACGGAUGCCAGCUCUCUCUUUGCCCUUCAAGCUUUCCUGAGAAGCCGAGACCGAACCCAUCAGAAGUUCUAUAGCCUGAUGACCAAGACACAGAUGUUCAUCCGCUUCAUUGAGGAGUGCUCCUUUGUCAGCGACAAAGAUGCCAGCCUGGCGUUUUUUGAUGACUGUGUAGAUAAAGUGGAUAUGGACAAGACGGGGGAAGUGCGGCUUAUUGAACUGGAUGAAUCGUUCAAGAGUGAACACACUGUGUUUGUCACACCACCUGAGAUCCCCCAUCUGCCCAACGGUGAAGAGCCCCCCCUACAGUACAGCUAUAAUGGAUUUCCAGUUCUUAGGCACGAUUUAUUUGAGAAGCCAGAAGGAUCCCCACGAGCCCGAAAGAGUAAUAAGUUGCCAUCCAAGUCAAACAGUCCUAGUAGUCCCUCCCCCAUGUUCAGAAGAACAAAGCAGGAAAUCAAAUCGGCCCACAAGAUCGCCAAGAGGUACUGUUCCAUCCCCCAGAUGUGGUCGAGGUGCCUGCUACGUCACUGUUAUGGGCUGUGGUUCAUCUGCCUCCCGGCCUAUGUGAAAGUCUGUCACUCCAAAGUCAGGGCUCUGAAAACGGCCUACGACGUGCUCAGGAAGAUGCAGUCCAAGAAGAUGGAUCCGCCUGACGAGGUGUGCUACCGCGUCCUCAUGCAGCUCUGUGGCCAGUACGACCAGCCGGUGCUCGCUGUCCGGGUCCUUUUCGAGAUGCACAAAGCCGGCAUCGACCCCAACGCCAUCACUUACGGCUACUACAACAAGGCUGUUUUGGAAAGUACCUGGCCUUCAAGAAGUCGUAGUGGCUACUUUCUUUGGACUAAAGUAAGAAACGUCCUGUUGGCAGUAGCACAGUUCAGAAGGGCUCUCAAGAAGCAGGCCCACUUGUCGCAAACAACCCCCUCAGGGGCUCAGUCUGAUCGUGGAUCUAACUCCUUAUCCAAAGGUGAAGUCAGAAGAGGGGACCCGGCUGCUGAAGACGCUCAAGGAAAGGACAAGAAAGGGAGCGACUCUAGUUCCUUGUCAGGGGGCGAGAGCACAAGAGGGAGUGCCGAGUGUCUGCCCAGGCUCAGCCACCUCGCUUCCUCCAGCAUCGUCCGCCUCUGCGGGACCAGAACCAACCGCGCUGAGAACCUCUCCGGAGAGAGCACAGAAAGCACAUCGGAGCUGCUCUUGACCUCAUCUUUUGAGGAUUCCGGUGAGACAGGAAGCACUCAGAGCAAAUGCUUCAGGAAAAGACACAAAAGCGACAGUGAGCCCAACCUUCCGCCGACGCACCUGUCCUGGGGGGUCAGAAGCCGCCAUCUCAGCGGAGGCGUGCUGAUGGGACUCGUGCUGAACCGGAGGAAGCAGGACACCGGCCCUGGGGACAUGGUGGGCAGGCUUGGAGCCGACGCAAAGAUCCUGUCACACGUUCUUUCCAAAAAGAGCAGGCCAAACAGUCUUGACAUUCCCAAGCCGCCCUUAAGGCCCAAAAGAGAGAGUGUGGAAAAGGAGUCGAGCGACGACGAGACGCCCUUCGAGGGCCCCGACCGUCUGGCAGACAAGGCGGACUCUCCCGUCAUCUUCGACUUAGAAGACGUGGACGGCGAGACCGGGGGGCCCAAAGGGCCAGACGCGGCUCCCCAGACUCCCAGGCGGGUCCGGCGAACCAACAGCAGCUUUUCAGUCAAGUCGUCCAAGAAAACGGACGUGGCCGCGGGCUUCGAUCCCCUCUCUCUCCUGGUGGCUGAGACGGAGCGGCGGCGGCGGCGGCAGGAGGAGGAGGAGGAGGAGGACGACGACGACGACAGCAAGAGCGUGUCCACGCCAGCGGCCAGGCGGGACCUGGCAGAGGAAAUCGAGACGUACAUGAACAGCGUGAGCAGCCCUGUGACCAGCCGCACGCCGAGCGUCGACAAGCUGCCCGGCAGGAGGAGCCCGCCGCCGGCCAAGGCCAGCCGCAGGUCCAGCCUGCCCCCCGCCUCUCCCAGGCCGGCCAGACUCGCCAAGUCGAGAAGCUACAGCAGGAGCGAGGACAGGCCGAGGGACAGGCUGUGGUCCUCUCCGGCCUUCUCCCCCUCGUGCCCCUUCAGGGAAGAAGCCCAGGCCGCUUCGAUCCACUCCUCGCCCUCGUUUCAUCUAGACACGCUGCUAGUCCCGAAGCUCGACGUUCUGAGGAACAGCGUGUUCACGGCCGGGAAGGGAGUUGCGGAGAAAGCCAGCAAGUGGUACUCGAGGCUCGCCAUGUACACCACGUCCUCCAAGGAUCAAAGUUCUGAUCGUACCAGUCUUUCUUCAGUGGGAGCCCCGGAUUCUGAAUCUGCCUCUUUAACAGAUGACGACAGCUGCCCCGAGUUGGAAGGGGCCGCUUCCUCCCAGGAGAGCAGCACGGCUUCAGGAGCCAAGGGGGCCAACUUCAGCAGAACGAGCUUGGAAAGUUCUGCCUCCUUAGAAGGGCCCCUGUCAAAGUUCGCAUUGCCUGGGAAGUCAGAAGUGGCAUCUUCCUGCAGCACGAGUAACGCCGACAUCUUCCAGAAGUAUGCCAUGGAGGCCCUCAUCUCCAGCUGCUCGCGGUGCAGAACGUGCGACUGCCUGGUGCACGACGAGGAGAUCAUGGCCGGCUGGACGGCGGAUGACUCCAACCUCAACACCACCUGCCCCUUCUGUGGUAACCUCUUCCUGCCCUUCCUGAACGUUGAGAUACGGGACCUCCGGCGACCUGGAAGAUAUUUCCUGAAGUCAAGCUCCUCAGCAGAAAGCAUGCGUCUCCCUCCCUCCUCUUCCAGCCGGACGAGGCAGCCCCAAAGCCUCUCCACAUCAGCCUCCGGGCUCGACACCUCUGUGGUGUCCAUGCAGGGGGAUUUGGAUCUGAGCAGCAAAUCCAACCAGCUGGCCAGUUCGUGUGCGCGAAGUAUCCAGAUCCCAACUGACAGGUCCAAAGCAGCUGUGUCGAAAUGCCCCCUGUUUUCUGCGGCCAGGAGCGCCAGUACCGGUGGCCCUCUGGACAAGGAAGACUCUGGGAGACAGAAGCUCCUUCCAACAGGCAGCCUGCCAGCUACGUUGCAGGGAGCUACCGAAUCUCUGGAGCUAGAGUGGCACCUGCCAAGUCCAGACCCCAUCACCGUCCCCUAUCUCAGCCCUCUGGUGGUGUGGAAGGAACUUGAGAGCCUGCUGGAGAAUGAAGGUGACCACGCGAUAACGGAGGCCGACUUUGUGGACCACCACCCUAUUGUCUUCUGGAACCUGGUGUGGUACUUCCGGCGCCUUGGCCUGCCCAGCAACCUGCCGGGGCUGAUCCUGUCUUCCGAGCACUGCAACAAGUACUCCCAGAUCCCCCGCCACCGCAUGUCUGAAGACAGUAAGCACGUUCUGAUCCAGAUGCUGUGGGACAACAUGAAGCUGCACCAGGACCCGGGGCAGCCCCUGUACAUCCUCUGGAACGCCCACAGUCAAAACCGUACUCUUCUGUUUGAGACCCAAAAAUAUCCAGUGGUCCACUUAUUGCCAAAAGGUGAUAAUUCAUUUACCCAGGAGCUACUGAAAAGUAUGGUCCAAAGCAUUAAAAUGAAUGACGUCUACGGGCCAAUGAGUCAGAUGCUGGAGACUCUGAAUAAGUGUCCCCACUUUAAAAGGCAGAGGAGUCUAUAUAGAGAGAUCCUGUUUCUGUCGCUGGUGGCCCUGGGAAGAGAGAACAUCGACAUAGAUGCGUUUGAUAAAGAGUACAAGAUGGCGUAUGGCCGUCUCACGCCAAGUCAAGUCAAGAGUACACGCGACUGUGACAGACCCCCCAGCACCGGGGUGAUGGAGUGUCGGAAGACCUUCGGAGAACCUUAUCUUUAACAUGUGCAUGUGCGCACACGUGUGUGUGUGUGUGUGUGUCUGCGUGUGCAAGUGCGUGUGAGUGUGCGUGUGCAAGUGUGUGUGCGUGUGCGAGUGUGUGCGUGUGCGAGUGUGUGUGUGAGUGUGCAAGUGUGUGUGUGAUUGUCUGUGUGUGCAUGUGUGCCUGUGAGCUCUCCCCAAAUGUAUAGUCAGUGUAUAAAAUGCCACUUUUAGACUCUCAACCUUUAACCCUCAGUCUCCAGUGACACGUCUGUAAAUGUUUCCAGAAGUCCAGCCGAGCUGACAUGCCAAACGCUCAGAGCGACAGGCAGGAUGAACCACUUUGCUUCACAUUUCCCACGCCACCCUCGCCUCCCGCCUAUAACAAGUCAUUAAGUGUUUCCCUGACGAGAAAAUCCCUAGACGAAAGUACUUCCUGUAAAAUAAGAUGAACAUUUGAUGGUUUAUCUUGCAAGGGGGGAGAUUGAAAAAAUGAUGUAUGAAGCCUAAACAAAUGUAAGAUAAAAAGAGGUUUUGGUUUUCAUAGAUUAUUCAAAUGUUUUGACCAUGGAGUUGUAUUAUACAUAUUUUAAACUGUUUAUAGUAAGUUGAUAUUUUUUUAAUUUUUAAAACUACAUAGAGCAAACUGAAAAUGAACUGAAACUUAACAAAGUAA